AUGCCUCUGAGAUGUGUCCUCUGUCCUCAUCUGUCUCCACAGAGCAAGCUGGUGAAGUACUUCAGCCGGCAGCUGUCCUGCAAAAAGAAGGUGGCCCUGCAGGAGCGCAACGCCGAGCUGGAUGGCUUCCCCCAGCUCCGCCACUGGUUCCGGAUCGUCGACGUGCGCAAGGAAGUCCUGGAGGAAAUCACCCCUGGCCAGCUGAGUCUGGAGGACCUGUUGGAGAUGACGGAUGAGCAGGUGUGUGAGACCGUGGAGAAAUACGGAGCCAACCGGGAGGAGUGUGCCCGCCUCAACGCCUCCCUCUCCUGCCUGCGGAAGGUCCACAUGUCAGGUGAGCGGGCAGGGGGCUGGAGACUGGUCCCCAACCCGUCUGCCGCCUUCUUCCAGAUUCCUGUGCCCGCAGCUGCAGGCCAGGACGAGACGGAGUCGCCUUUGGCUGGUAAAUGCCGCUCAUGAGCAGAGGGAGGAGGAGCCUGGAAUCUGGAUGUUGGAAGAAGUGGUCAGGGCAGCUCCUGAGAACUGGUGCCCGAGGGAGACCUUCUGAGGUUGUAGGGCGUUUGGUUCUGGAUAAUCAGGGUCCCGAUACAGAAAUACUGGGUGUGCGUAGGAGACCAGUGGCUUUUUACCGCAGAUGUUCUGAAGUGCCUUUGUAUUUUGGGUCAACAUCUAACUUCUUAUUUUUUACAUAAACAAUAUAUAGCCACUGUAAAAUAAAUCAGAAAAUAGAUUAGCAAAAAUAAAAUAAUACCCUAAGCCCCAUCCUCUAGGAGCCUGCUGUUGUCAUUUUGGUAUAACUUUUGGUAUAAUUCUUCUGGACAAAUACGUAUGUGUAUACUUUCUUUAAAGAAUAGAAUUAGGAUUAUCCAUACAUAUUAUUUGGAGACUUUAUUUUUUUUCCAUCUCACAAAAUAACCUCUGUGACUUGUUUUAUCAGUUUGGGGUUCAAAUAUAUUGUCAUCUUUCUUUGCCCUUUCCCCUGAAUUACUCAAACUCUCGUUUGCCUUUGUGAGCAGGACAUCAAAUAUCAUCUUCCUGAGUCUUCCUGCUUCUCUCUAGUCUCGUGAUUUUUCCACAAAUCCUGGGGCCUUCUCGGUCCUAAGGGAUCAGUUCGGCAAACACCAACCAAAGAAAGGUGUUGGUCCACCUGCUCGGUUGUUUCAGUUCUCACCACAAGGUGUCACUGUUGGACGUCAGUCUGGCACAGUGUGCGGGAGGCUUGUCCGUACACGCCCUCGCUGGAUUCACCGUGCAACACUCACCAAGUAUUGAUUGAGUGACUACGUGUCUGCUGUGCUGGGGUCCAGCAGCAAACAAAACAGAACUUAUGUGAAACAGGCCAUUGGCCCACGUUGCAUGCCUCUCUCUUUAUAUUCUUUCUUGGCAGCAGACCCUAAUCAAAGCUACAGUCCACGUCAAAUGGGACUUUGAGUUGGGUCCUGUCCUGUCAUUGGAGGAUGCUUAGUAGCAUCUCUGGCCUCCACCUACCAGUAGCCACCAAUAACAUCCCCCCCAAACGUGACAAACAGAAGUGUCUCUGGAUAUUUCCAAAUGUUCCCUGUGGGGGCGGAAUCACCUCUGAUUGACUAGUUAUAAAGGUCAUGACAUUCCUUACUCUAGUACAAUGCUGUUGACUCACCUAACAUUUGCGUGGCUAAGAGGGGCCUGUCCGUCACUCAGGACAGACAAAACCUCUUCAGGGAGAUUCCUCUCUCUGCCCACAGUGAGAAGCCGCUGGCAGCUUCCCUCCUUUAAAAAAUUGCACCGAGUCACAAUGUUAAAUCAUAAACAUCUUCCUUUGUCAAUAAACGUGUUUUCCUCCUCAUUUUGAAUGCCUGAAUACUGCAGCCAUUUGUUCAACCAGUCUCCAAUUUUUCAAAAUUUAGGUUGUAUCCAUAUUUUCCUGUUAUAAGCAGUGAACAGCUUUGGGCAUCUUGGGGAACAUCCAUGGUUAUUCCGUUAGUGGGAAUUCAUAGAUGUGCGGUUCCUGCAGCAAAGAGUUUACGUAUUUUAAGACUUCAGUGAAUGCUGCCAUAUCGCUUUCCAGAAAGUUCAUAUGGAUUUAUGCCUCUCCCCCUCCCCCACCUCUUGCAAUGAUGAGAGGGAGCAGUGGAGGUCUGGCUCUUCACUCCUUUUCUGGGUUCACAGCUUCCCAUCAGAGUUGUGUUACUGAGUUUGGCGAAGUCCUUAAAAGUGGAGCUGGCCUCCCAUUCCGCCUGAGAGAGGCGUUUAUGUCACCCCUCCGUGGGCCGAGCAGUCAUCCUUGGUGACAUCCUGGGCUGGGUGAGACCUUGAGAGGGCCUCUCAUCUGGAGUUUUUCAAACUGUUUUGAUCAAGACUCACAGAGAUACAAUUUAUCUUGCACCCCCCACACCUAUUGCACACACACAGCUGCAAUGAGUUUCAUGAAACAGUGCUCUUUCUUACCAGGCGUGAUAUUUUACAUUCUUCUCUAUCUUAUUCUCAAUAAUUUACCAAGCGCCGCUGAUCUCCACCUGGGCUCACCUCCAACCCUUUCCAGGCGGCUGUGAUUCUGUCCACAGUGUCCUGCCUCCGAUGCCAACCUUAGAGCCACCGGGUCCUUGAGAGCAGUGGCCGCGUGCUGCGCUUUGCCCGAUUCCUCCAGCUCUUAGCGCCGAGGCCAGCGUGGAGAGAAGCUCAGCUCGGUGCAGGAUUGUCCCCUCUGCACUGAGGUUUCUUAGUCUCAUACUUCACUUCUGCUCUUCCCGUGGGUAGCUGUGCCACCUCUCCCAUUUGAAUUUUCGUUUUAACCUUUUAUGGAGAGUGAUUUAUUUUUUAUGGAUGCCUCUUUCAACCAAGGAAAAAUUCCCUACAAUUCAAACAGCAGAUAUUUCUUUGGGCAGUUAGAAUUGCAAUUCAGAGGACACACAUGCAGAUAGAAACCCAAAACGUGUUCCGAUUACAGGAGGGGGUCAUAGGGUUUCUAUGAGAAAAAGGAAGGAUGAGGUGGUUGUAUGAAAGAAGGGUUCUUUGGUGCUGGAUGAGGUACGGCUGGCUUGUACUUCAUGGAUUGGCUUGAGAUUCAGUCAUCAGGCAAAAGGCUAGACUGUCCUUCAUUGAUUGGUUAGCGAUUUGGUCAUUAGCAAAGUCUAAUUUCAUCAGUCCUUCCACAUAGGAUAUUCUUGUGCUUACUGAUUUCUUGGGAUGUUGGUGGUUUGGUCCAGCUUGGAAGAUAAAGAAGAUUUGCAAGAUAAUUCCUCUGAAAUGGCUGCUCUGGCUCUAUUUUAGUAUGGCUCCACUCAGGUCAUCUUUCACACCCCUCUCCCGCACCAGACCCUACACUGCAAGAGGGCAGGGGCGGCCCCUGGUUCUGCUCACCGUUCCGUUCCCAGCUCAGCAUUGGCACAUGG